AUGUUUACUUCCCUAGUCGAGGCGCUCAACUUGAAAGAAGAUCUCUUACGAGGUAUCUACGCAUACAAUUUCGAAAAGCCAUCUGCUAUCCAACAGCGAGCGAUCAUUCCUAUAAUGAGAGGGCGAGACGUCAUCGCUCAAGCUCAAUCCGGUACAGGUAAAACUGCAACAUUCUCUAUCUCAGCUCUACAAUCUAUCGACACGAAGAUUAGAGAAACUCAAGUAUUGGUUCUUUCCCCAACAAGAGAAUUGGCUAUUCAGAUCCAAACUGUCGUUCUGGCUUUGGGAGAUUACAUGAAUGUUUCGUGUCAUGCUUGUAUUGGUGGAACCUCGGUUGGAGAAGAUAUCAGGAAGUUGGAAGCUGGUCAACAGGUCGUUAGCGGUACGCCUGGUAGAGUGUUUGACAUGAUCAGAAGAAGGAAUCUGAGGACCAAGGACAUCAAGAUGCUCAUCCUCGAUGAAUCCGAUGAACUUCUCAACAAAGGUUUCAAGGACCAAAUCUACGAUAUCUACCGAUACCUUCCUCCCGCUACUCAAGUUGUCGUCGUAUCUGCUACACUCCCUCACGAUGUACUCGAAAUGACGACCAAGUUCAUGACUGAUCCUAUCCGAAUCUUGGUCAAGCGUGAUGAGUUGACUUUGGAAGGUAUCAAGCAGUUCUUUGUAGCUGUUGAGAAAGAAGAUUGGAAAUUUGACACUCUGUGUGACCUGUAUGAUACCCUCACCAUCACUCAAGCUGUCAUUUUCUGUAACACCCGAAGAAAGGUCGAUUGGCUUACUGAAAAGAUGAGGGAGGCAAACUUUACUGUCAGCAGCAUGCAUGGUGAGAUGGUACAGAAAGAGAGAGAUGCUAUUAUGGCUGAGUUUAGAGGUGGUCAAAGUCGAGUGCUCAUCACCACCGACGUGUGGGCAAGAGGUAUCGAUGUUCAACAAGUAUCAUUAGUCAUUAACUACGAUUUACCCACAUCGCGUGAAAACUACUUGCACAGAAUAGGUAGAUCAGGUCGAUUCGGUCGAAAAGGUGUGGCUAUCAACUUCGUUACCGUGGAAGAUGUCAGGAUCUUGCGAGAUAUCGAACAAUAUUACUCUACCCAGAUUGACGAAAUGCCCAUGAACGUCACUGAACUUACAUAG